UCUCUGAAAUUUGGAAUCGAUUCAUUGCUUGCUAAAUAUAGUUUGAGUCUGAAAAAGUGAGAGGACAAGGCUAUAGUGGAGCAGGAAAUAUGAGAGGAGCAUUUAAUGAUCUGGGAGCACUAAUUUAAAAAAAAAACAGUUCGGCAUACUAUGUACACUGUUUUGCUCACCAACUACAAUUGGUAGUUGUUGCAGUCGCGAAGAAACAUUUUGAAGUUAGAGAUUUCUUUGAUAAGAUUUCUUUGAUAAGAUUUCUUUGUUAGUGAAUGUGGUUGCAGCUUCUUAUAAAAAGAAAGAUAAGAUGCGAGAAAUCCAGAGGGCUAUAAUUGAAAAGGGAAUAAGCAGUGUUGAAAUCAAAACUGGAAAAGGACUGAACCAGGAGUCUUCGCUUCCAAGACCAGGAAGUACACGUUGGGGUUCUAAUUAUAAAAGGUUGUUGCGGUUAGUUGGGAUGUUUGCUUCUGUGGAUGAGAUGCUUGUGUACGUCGAGGAUGAAGGUGCUGAUCUUACCCAGCGAAGUCAAGCAAAUGGUCUUCUCAAAUAUAUCCAUACUUUUGAUUUUGUAUCCUACCUACAUUUGAUGCUGCAAAUUUUGGGAUUCACAGAGAACUUGUCACUGGCCUUGCAAAACAAAGAUCAGGACAUCCUAAAUAUUGUCUCAUUAGUAGAAUCCACUAAGCGGCAAUUACAAAAGUUCAGAGAUGAUGGCUGGGACUCUUUUGUGAAUGAUGUUUCAUCUUUUUGUGAGAAACAUGACACUGUUAUUCUCAAGAUGGAGGACUAUUUCAUCGAUCUAAGGAAGCCACGAAAAAGACCAACAUUACCAACUUGCAUCACUAUCAAGUCAAUUGUUUUUAUACAGUAUUGGAUAUGGAGCUUCAAGAGUUUAAUGGUCGCUCUAACGAGUGUUGUGGAGUGCAUAUCACUUAAGCAGCAACUUGACAUUUAUAUUGAUAAUGUCCGAGAAGAUGAAAAGUUUGCUGAUUUGAAACAUCUUGGAGAUCUAGCGCAGCCUGCUUCCUCCGCAGUCUUAUUCUUCUCCGACCAACAGCAAGCAGCACUUCAUCAUUCUGUUGCUCGCCUUCAAAAUCUCAAUCGAGAUAUGACGAGCCAAUCCACCACCAUCAUGCCUCGUCUCCGAGUUAUACUCCUUGUCGUCCUCUGUUUGAUCCGUACCACCGUCCUCGUUCUGUUGCACCACCGGCGAACAUCCAAUUUAGUUCCAUGGAUCUAG